UAUAAACUAUCGAUUCUCAACGCUCGCUGUUGCCAUGCUGGGCUAAAUGGUCUUUGGCGAGAAAAGGCAUUUGCCUGUAUACGUGUUAAACAUGGAAGGAAAAAAGUUUCAUGCCUGUCUUUAUCAAAACUUUCAACAUGAGCUCGCUCUAACAUAGGUGGUGUUUAUGCUCAUAUUCGACACUGUUUGCGCUCUUUUUCAUUUCGCGCUAACGUUAGCCAGCUGGCUUCUUUUCGUGUUCUGCUUUUCUUCUAUCUUUUUCCCCCAUUAGGAUUAGCUAGUUUGCUAGCUCGACUGGAUUUUCUGCCUGAGAUGUGGACUUGAUCAUGGCCGCACAAGUGGCAACAGCCCCAACAUCAACUGGUAAGAAAAGGUCGAAUGUAGCUAACAGCGUGAGUCAAGAUUUGAAAUCUGCUAAAUCUGGAGUAGUUGGUGGAGCUGUACUUGGGGUAGGAAAUGGGACUGUCGUUCAUGCUAUGAAUAAUGUAGAACGUAAUCAGCAUGAAUUGAACCCGAACAGAGCUCGAGUUUUUCCUGUAAACAACAAUUCGAGUCAACGUGAGAAGGAAAGUGGAGAUUCUACAUCAGAGUCUUUCUCGACUACAAAUUCUAGCAUGAGUUCGGGAAGCAUGGAGACGGGAACGCUUGCCAGUCAUAAAGUGAAAAAUGUUAGCGUCGGAGAUCCUCCUCAAUCGCACCACCACACACCUCCACAGCAACAGUCAUUCAAUCAAUUCAUUCAGCACCAACAACGCCAAAUUCACAACAACAACCAGCAGUCGAUACAUGGAGAAAGUGGAAACCACCAACAUGGAGGAAAAGAGAACGUUGUUUUAGGGAAUCAAAUCGAACGGCAUCAGCAGCAACAAAUGCUAAAUAAAAGUGAGGAGGAGGACCAACCGGGCAAAACGGAGGAACGGAUGAACAGCAGGUACGACCAUGCCAGUUUGGGACCAACUAAUAACAACAUCAACCCGUCCCAAAGUGGGAACAGCUCAGUUUCGGAGUUUAAUAAUAGUUAUUAUGGAAAGGGAAGAGGAGGGCCUUGCUUUGAUCAACAUGGCGGACAACAAAGCCCAGGGUCUGGGAUAAUGCAUUCGGUACAACAGAACAAUAUGGAUCAAGUUCAACAAACCUCCCACGAAGGGUACCAAAACAACCCGUACAAUCACUACCCGAACUACCGACCUGGCUACGGUAACAGUGGAUAUGGGAUGAUGAGUCCCUCUCGGCAGGGGAACAACAUGAUGGGCCCAGCCAGCAACACGGCUGCUGCUAAUCAUAGCAGAGCUGCCAUGGCUGCUGCCUCUUCUUCUGGUGGUGCUAAUAUUGGAGGGUUUCACAGAUUUCCAGGGCAAAGUCAGCAGCAUCCAUCGGGGGCUACCCCGACUCUAAACCAGUUACUGACAUCCCCGAGCCCUAUGAUGCGGGGCUAUGGCAGUGGCUAUCAAGAUUACACUAAUCCUUCUGUUCAACAACAAUCAAGCAUGGGGCUGACUAAAGACCUGAGCUCCCAAUACGGUUCAGCAACUCAUAGUUGGGGAGGACAAGAAAGAAAUCACCCUGCCAUGAGCCCUGGAAACAACGGACAAGGAAGCGGCAGAUCACAGGUGCCACCCAUGGACACCAUGGCGAUGAAGCGCUCUCAGCUCUAUGGCAUGGGCAACAACCCUUAUUCCCAGCAACAGCAGGGCGGGGGCGGAUCCUACCCUGGCCAGCCAUACGGAUCGCCUUCUCCUCACCGCUACCCAGUGGGAAUGCCCGGGAGGGGUCAGAUGGGCAUGAGUGGAAUGCAGUAUCCUCAGCAGCAGCAGCAGAUGGCAGCUCAGUAUAGGCAGCAGCAGGGGGGCAUGGGUGGGUACUGCCAGCCACAAGGCCAGCCCCCGUACUUCAUCCCUCCCCAGCAGCAGCCCACCGCCCCCACACAGCCCCCCUACAUGCAGCCACGUCCACUGCCACAGCAGGAGGUGUCACAGGAGGUCUAUGGCAACAGGGGCCAUUCUGCUUUGACCCCUGGGAAGCCCAACCAUGAGGAGAUGGGCCUCAGCCAGCAGGACAGACCCUCCAGUCUACCUGACCUGUCUGGCUCUAUAGAUGACCUUCCCACAGGCACGGAGGUGGCUAUCAGCUCAGCGGUCAGUGCUUCAGGGUCCACCAGCAGCCAGGGCGAGCAGAGUAACCCGGCCCAGUCGCCCUUCUCACCCCACAUGUCCCCUCGCCUGCGUGGCGGCCCCUCCCCCUCCCCCGUGGGAUCACCCGUGGGUUCCAGCCAAUCACGCUCCGGACCGAUCUCCCCCGCCAGUGUCCCAGGCACCCAGAUGGCCCCACAGACCCCUGGGAACAUGUCUGAUGUGGGCUCCCAUUCCACCCUGAGCCAGUCCCCCAUGUCUCAGGAGAGAGGGUUCCCACCUGCCAUGCAGCGGAACACCCCGGUCCCCCAGCAGUCGGGCCAGGGGCCCCCCAUGUCCCCUCACUCGUCCCCCGGGGGCUCCAUGCACCCCCAGAGCUCCUACCACCAGCAGCAGCUGCAGGGGGGCCCUGGCCCCUCGUACGGACCCCAGACCGGCCAGUACGGCCCCCAAGGUAACUACCCUAGGCCCCCUAACUACGGCGGCACCCCCAGUGCCAACUACAGCGGCCCCGGCCCUGGCAUGAGCAACAGCCUGGGCAUGAACGCCAGUAGCCCCAUGCACGGCCAGGGUCCUGGGCAGCCCUGCGGCUCCAUGCCCGCUGGGCGAGGCCUGGGUCCUGGGGCCAACGGGCGCCCUUACCUCGGUACCAACACCAUGGCCCCCACCUCUCCCAGCAUGCCGCAGCCUGCCGGACAGGGCCAGGGCAUGAGACCGCCCCUGCCCAAUGUUAACCGCAAGCCGAGCCAAGAGGCAGGCCCGGGCCCUGGCGCCAACGCCAUGCAGGGUCCCAACGCUGGUCCCAACCCUUCUGCACAGGGCAGGCAGGGAAUGACCCUCAUGCCCCACCACCACCCAGGCAUGAGCCCCAGAGGGAUGGGCCCCAGCCCUGGUGGCCCCUACAGCCAGCAGCCAGGGGCCACCAGCUCUGGGAGGAUGACCCCACAGGGACCCCACCCCCUCUAUAACGCACCAUCAGAGCCCAUGCAUAUGGGAGGAGAGGGCAUGGUGGGUCCCACUGACCCCAAACAGAGACCACCAGAGCAACGCAGGGAGAGCAACACUGCUGGUCCUGCCGCCGAGCCACCACCUAAACCCAAGGACAGCUCCUCUCAGUGUAUGUCCCAGCCCCACACCCCCUGUCCCCUGUCCCCCAGCCCUGCUAGUCUGUCCUCUUGUCACGGGGUGGAGGACAUCAGCGAUAGCAUUAGCCGCCACCCCGCUGUUGCUGUGGCCUGGCCAAAGACGCCCACCAGCCCUAAGCCCAGCCCGGCCACCAUGACCAAUGAGAAGAUCCGCAUCCUGUACGAGAUGGGCGGAGAGCCCGAGAGGCGGGUGUGGGUGGACCGUUACCUGGCCUUCAUGGAGGAGAGGGGCACGCCCGUACCCAUGCUGCCUGCCGUGGGCAGGAAGCCCCUGGAUCUGUGCCGCCUCUACCUGUGUGUUCGAGAGAUAGGAGGCCUGGCCAUGGUGAACAAGAGCAAGAAGUGGAGAGAGCUGUCCACCCACCUCAACGUGGGCACGUCCAGCAGCUCCGCCAGCUCUCUGAAGAAGCAGUACAUCCAGUACCUCUUUGCCUACGAGUGCAGGGUGGAGCGGGGAGAGGAGCCGCCACUGGAGAUCCCGGGGGAAACCAAGAAACAGGCCCAGGCUAAGAUCCAGCCGCCCUCACCGGCCAACUCUGGCUCCCUGCAGGGUCCCCACACCCCCCAGUCCACAGGUAGCAGCUCCAUGGCUGAGAUGUCAGAGGGCAUGAAGCGCCCCACUCCCGCCACCACACCCCACGGACACAUGACCGCCCAGCCAGGCAAUAGGAACAGUGUUGGUAUCCGUGUCCAGGAUCCCUUCUCAGAGGUCAGUGACCCUGCCUUCCACAAGCGAGGGCCCAUGCCCUCUGGCGCCCCCUACCAGCAGGCGGGCGGUAGUGCAGACCCCUCCAUGAGAAUGCAGUACGACACCAACAAGGACCCCUAUGCAGGGCCCCGGAAGGGGCCAGGGGGCAGUGAGGCCUAUGGACCAGGUCAGAUGCCCAGCGGUGCCAUGCAGGACAUGUACCUCCGUGGUCCUCCCUCAGGGCCAGGUCAGAUGCCCAGCAGUACCAUGCAGGACAUGUACCUCCGUGGUCCUCCUUCAGGAGCCAUGCCAGGGAUGGGUAUGGGCCCCGGCCCGCGGUCACAGUACCCAUACGGGCCUAGCUACGACAGGAGACCAGACCAUGUGAUGGGUUUGGAGGGGGGUGUGGCUCCCCCUGGGGGUCAGAACAACAUGGGACCUUCCAGCGGUGACCCCAACUUGUACUCUGCCAACAGAUACCCCCAUCAGCGACCACAUGGACAUGAAGGUUAUGGGCAGCAGCAGUACCCUCACGGCCCCCUGCCUUAUGGCUCUCACCAGCCUGGGAUGUACCCGCAACAGGGCUGUAAGAGGCCAGUGGGACAGGAGGGGAUGUAUGGUCCCCCUGCUAAGCGCCAUGAGGGUGAAGCCUACGGCAUGCAGCAGUACGGAGGGCAGCAGCCAGACAUGCACCGCCAGUACGGAAGGGGCUACAUGGGGCCGGAGCACAGGCCCAUGCAGGGCCAGUACCCUUACCCCUACAGCCGAGACCGCAUGGGAGCCAUCCAGGGGCCCCCACAACACGGCAUGAUGAGCGGAGGCCCCCCCUUACCCUCUGGAGCCUCUGCAGAGGGCCCCCAGGCCAACAUGUGGCACCCCAGGACAGACAUGGCCUACCCCGGGCCCUACCCUGGCCAACAGGGCCAGGGGCCACCUUACCCUGUUAUGAGCCGGGUUCCGGGGGAUGACCCAGAGGGAAGGGGCCUCCAGGAUGGCCAGUGGCCGCCCGGACACCCGGGCCAGCGCCAGCCCCCGUACCCACCCCCCUCUUCCUCCUCCAUGCCCCCCAUGGCUUCCCGACAUCCCUCCUCCUCCUACCAGUCUAACCCUGCCAUGGCCAACCACAUCGCUAGAGCCCACAGCCCCUCGCCCUUCCCCCGGCCCAUGGGGGGACCCGGACCCCUUUCCCCCAACAACGGGGGCCACUACAUGGCCUCUCUGAAGAAGGCAGGGAUGCCCGGGUCCAUGCCAGGCUCACACAAUGGGGGGAUGUCAGGGCAGGGCAUUCUACCUCUCCACAGAGAUAUCAGCUUCCCCCUAGGGUCUGUGGAGGCCACCCUGCCCAAACUCAAAGCCCGACACAGACUUACUUCCAAGGAGACCGGAACCCCAGAGGCAUGGCGCGUGAUGAUGUCUCUGAAGUCGGGUCUGCUGGCUGAGAGCACGUGGGCGCUGGACACCAUCAACAUCCUGCUGUAUGACGACAGCACUGUGUCCUCCUUCACCCUGUCACAGCUGCCUGGUUUCCUGGAGCUGAUAGUGGAGUACUUCCGCCGGUACCUGAUCGAGAUCUUUGGGAUCCUGGAUGAGUACGAGGUGGGCACCGAGGGUCAGAAGAUGCUGCUCGGACCAAUCACAGACCAGGAAGAGGAGCUUACCGUUCCAGAGCUUGGCAGCCAAUUAGACGAAGAGCAGAGGGAAAGUAGGCCAGAAGAGACGGGACCAGAGAAGACCACAGCCAAUGGCAGCACAGAGAAGGAGAAGGAGGAGCCUGUGGAGGUGACAGUGAAAGAGAAGGUAGAGGGGAAGGAAAAGGAGGAGGUGGCAGCCACCGAGCAGUCCCAGCCCCCAGAGCCCAGGCUCAAACAGGCCAGUAAGUAUGACAAGCUGCCUGUGAAGGUGGAGGAGGACCAAGUGGAGGAGGACCAGGGGCUCAGUCUGCCCAGGGGGUUCACCUCUGGCCUGCUGCACUGGAAGGCUGGAGGAGGGGACUCCACGGCCCACAUCCAGACACACUUCGAGAGACGUGGCGAGGAGACCAACAGCAAGCCUACAGAGAGGAAACAUAAGGGGGAAGAGAGGGAGGAUAGGGUAGGGGAGCUGGAGCAGAAGACAGAAACGACAGAGGAGGAGAGGAAGGCUGUUGUAGAGAAGAGCAUGACUGAGACAGUCACUAUGGACGAUAUGAGUGUCCGGCCAGGCUCUCUGUCAGAGAGGAACGGUCUUCCUGGGACGCAGACCCAGAGCCCCAUCUUCACCCUGCUGGAGGACGAGCCUCGCUGCUGGGACGAGGCGCCCCUCUCCACGGCUGAACCCUGGCAGGACGCCCUGGCCCGCCGCUGCGUUUGCGUGUCCAACAUCGUCCGCGGCCUCUCCUUCAUCCCGGGGAAUGACAACGACAUGUCCGGCCACCCGGGCCUGGUGCUGAUCCUGGGGCGGCUGGUCCUGCUACACCACCUGCACCCCCAGAGGAUGAGGACGCCUCCCAUCUACCAGAGAGAGGAGGAGCAGGGCCGGGCCUGCAGUAAAGACGAAUGGUGGUGGGACUGUCUGUCAGCGCUCAGGGAGAACACUCUGGUCACCCUGGCUAACAUCUCAGGUCAACUAGACCUGUCCCUCUACCCAGAGAGCAUCUGUCUGCCCAUCCUGGACGGCCUGCUCCACUGGAUGGUGUGCCCCUCUGCCGAGGCCCAGGACCCCUUCACCACGGCGGGCUGCUCCUCCUCCCUCACCCCCCAGAGACUAGUGCUGGAGUGCCUGUGCAAACUGAGCAUCCAGGACAACAACGUGGACCUCCUGCUGGCCACGCCACCCUUCAGCCGCCAGGAGAAGCUCUACGCCACCCUGGUGCGCCAUGUGGGCGAGCGGAAGUCCCAGGUGUGCCGUGAGAUGGCGGUGGCUGUGCUUUCUAAUCUGGCGCAGGGGGACCCGACCGCGGCACGCGCCAUCGCCCUGCAGAAGGGCAGCGUGGGGAUACUCAUCGGCUUCCUGGAGGACUGCGUGGCCAUGUCCCAGCACCAGCAGGGACCCCCCAGCCUGCUACACCCAGCCCCACACCCCCAACCCCCCAGCCUGCUACACCCAGCCCAACACCCCGAACCCCCCAGCGUUAACAUGAUGUGCAGGGCCGCCAAGGCUCUGCUGGCCAUGGCCAAGGAGAACCGGACAGAGUUGGUUCUCUACGAGAGCAGGCUACUGGACAUCUCCCUGUCCUCUGUGCUGAGCUCAGCUGUGGCGGCCAUCAUGUGUGAAGUACUGUUUAAGAUUGGACGCUCCUCGUGACCGCCACAGGCAAAGACACAGAGGGAGGGGGGCUUGGGAGAGAGGAGGGAAGUGCUUGGUCUGACAACGAGGCUGCAGUGAACACCAACACAUGGGUGUGGGUGGUAUUAUAUUUUUAUUUAAAUAAAAUGACACUUUUUUUUUUUAACACACAUAUAUAUAUAUAUAUACAGUGGGGG